AUGCCUUCAUCACCUUAUACUGGUCAUGCAAACCAAGCCAAGCACGACAUCGAGUCCAGCGAGCUGCGCAAGAAGAAGCGCAUGAAAUGUUUGGCUUACGUUGCUGCCUUUGCCGUGUUUCAAACAGCCGUCAUAUUGAUUUUUGUGCUCACCAUUAUGAAAGUAAGAACUCCUAAGUUCCGGGUGCGGUCCGCCGAUUUCGAUGAGUCCUUCCAAGUUGGGAACCCCGCAACCCCUUCCUUCAGUUUCAGGAUGGAUGCUGAACUGGGUGUCAAGAACGCCAAUUUUGGAAACUACAAGUUCCAAAAUAGUAGCAUUUUUUUCUUAUACGGUGACACCGAGGUCGGGGAAGCCGCUGUCAGCAAGUCAAAAGCCGGGUGGCGAUCCACCAAGAAGUUUCAUGUUUCGGUGGACCUGUCGUCAAAGGGUUUGCCUAGCAACUCACAACUGGGAAAUGAUCUGAGGUCUGGGGUAUUGAACUUACGCAGCCAGUCCAGGUUGGAUGGAAAGGUGGAGCUGUUGUUCAUCUUCAAGAAGAAGAAAUCCGUAAACAUGGAUUGCACCCUCACCAUUGGUGUGGCAGAGAAAAAAGUUCGACAAAUUAGCUGCAAGUGA